UCUGGGCAUCUGUGCCCUACCCAGGUCUCUGGCCAUCCUCUUCUGCUCUGUCUUGUAGGUGUCCACCUCCUAGGCUCCUGACAGUGCCCCAGACAGCCACCCCUUCCCAGACUCCAGUCGGGCUGGACUCUGCAAACCUGCUUCCGCAAUGGGUGGGUUGUGAGCCUUGGUAACGAGGAGCUGUGGGCCCAGCCAGCCUUGGAGAUGCCGAAGAGACGGGACAUCCUUGCCAUAGUUCUCAUCGUGCUUCCCUGGACGCUGCUCGUCACCGUGUGGCACCAGAGCACCAUUGCGCCUCUGCUCGCUGCGCACAAGGAGGAUGGCAGUGAUCCCCGGCGCGACGCGUCACCUGGCGCCGACCCCAGGGAGUACUGCAUGUCGGACCGCGACAUCGUGGAGGUGGUGCGCACAGAGUACGUGUACACGCGACCCCCGCCAUGGUCCGAUACGCUGCCCACCAUCCAUGUGGUGACGCCCACCUAUAGCCGCCCAGUGCAGAAGGCCGAGCUUACGCGCAUGGCCAACACGCUGCUGCACGUACCCAAUCUGCACUGGCUGGUGGUGGAGGAUGCGCCACGCCGCACCCCACUCACCGCGCGCCUACUGCGCGACACCGGCCUCAACUACACGCACCUGCACGUGGAGACGCCCCGCAACUACAAGCUGCGCGGUGACACCCGCGACCCACGCAUCCCGCGUGGCACCAUGCAGCGCAACUUGGCCCUGCGCUGGCUGCGUGAGACCUUCCCUCGGAACUCUAGUCAGCCCGGCGUGGUGUACUUCGCAGAUGAUGAUAACACCUACAGCCUGGAGCUCUUUGAGGAGAUGCGCAGCACCAGGAGGGUAUCCGUGUGGCCAGUUGCUUUUGUUGGCGGCCUGCGGUAUGAAGCUCCACGGGUCAAUGGGGCAGGGAAGGUAGUCGGCUGGAAGACAGUGUUCGACCCACACCGCCCGUUUGCAAUAGACAUGGCCGGAUUUGCAGUCAACCUGCGGCUCAUCCUACAGCGGAGCCAGGCCUACUUCAAGCUGCGCGGUGUGAAGGGAGGCUACCAGGAAAGCAGCCUCCUCCGAGAACUUGUGACCCUCAAUGAUCUGGAACCCAAGGCAGCCAACUGCACCAAGAUCCUGGUCUGGCACACACGGACAGAGAAGCCAGUGCUGGUGAAUGAGGGGAAAAAAGGCUUCACUGACCCCACUGUGGAGAUCUGAGCCCAGGAUCCAGGAGUCUCCUUCUCAGACCCUGUUCCUGGCCUUCCAUCCUCUCCCCGCCGCUGAUGAUCCCACCAAGGCAAACUCCUCAGGAAUCACCUCACCCUCCUAUUCUGGGGGCUUCAGAGAGCCCAGGCCAGUGCCUGGACAAAGGACGGAGAACGUAAAGCACAGAAAUCCCAGACCUGUUGUUCUCUUCCAUCCAGCGUGGGCAGGGGCCCAGAUGCUAGCCUGGCUACUCCAUCCAGGGAGCUGCUGCCCCCACAUGCCCCCAGAGUGUCCAGCACUGACAGGGCCUGUGGAGCACAAGCCCUGGAGACUCCAGGCUGAGGGAAGGCAAAAGCCCUGCGGUCAAGUGGAAUGUAGCCUCCCCCAUUCCCUGCUCUGAGGGCCUAGCAUGACCACACAGGACAUCUGGCCAAGGAAUUCUGGAGACCAGAGAGCAGCCCCACCUCCUCCCCUCCUCAGCCGGAUGCUCCCAAGUAGACAUACCUCUCUCGCUUUCCUCUGGCCCGUUUCCAGAGCAUAAGGCUGUCCUGAAUCACAACAGGUGACCAGCCCUGCAGGAGGGGAGCUGGGCCUGCCAGCAGGCUCCCUUGGUACCUCAGGCUAUGGUGGGAUUAGAGCCCCUUCCUCCAGCCCUGCACCCCUCACGCCUGCUUCUUCCAGCGCAGGAAAGGCACUGGGCCCUUGAGCCAGCACAGGUCAUGGACUGGCCUAGACUAAGACCGUGUGGCCCCCUGUCCACACACUGUCUACCACUGCCCGCUGGGCUUCAGGGCCCCUGACUGGAACUGGGGCUGGGGUCGGAUGGGCAGAAGUCUUUCCCGGGAGCACUUGAGAACCAAAAACCUCAGGGGCUCCCACCAGCCAGGGGUGGAUGAAGAGGAGGGGGAGGAGGGAGGCGGGGCAAUUCCAUGACAUCUUCCUGCCCCUGGUUUGGGGGUGGGGACUUUGGAUUAGCAGAGGGAUUUGUGGAAAAGGGGCAGAGAUCAUUGGGCACUGAGAGGAAAGGAGAGGUGGGUACAUGCAACUUUGGAAACCAUUGCAUUGUAAACACAAACAGGAAGGAACCCUCUUCUUCCUAAGCUGGGGGCCUGCAGAGCAAGCCCACCUCCUGUCCUGCUGCCCCCUUCCCACCCCAGAGAAAGAACCGUGUGCACUUGCUGCUCCACCACCAGGAGGAAAAGUGGUUCCUGUUCUCUGCCAACCCCUGGUUUUCUGACUGGGGGUCAUCUCACUCAUGCUCCUGCAAGUUGGAAGCACAAUUUUCCUCCCAAGUGAAGGAAAAGGAAAGGCCUGAGCCUACUGAAGAGGUGUUUAUUUUUUAACUGCUAACAACCCCAUCCCAUUUAAACUCCCAGGACCAGCCUGAGGGCCAUGGAGAACCCACUCUUCUGUGGGUGAGUGGGUGCUAAGACUCAGUCCAGUGAUCCAACAUUCAAAAAAAUAGCAUUGGCUGCCUACUUUGAAAUGGAUUUAACUUCCCACAGUAUUCAUGAAAUCAUAGAUGGGAUCCCAUCCCUGAGAACCCUGGGCCACCUUGCAGGACGUCCCCCAGCCUUGCACACUUUGGAUGGUUGCUUUGGGAAUCAACCCGCUGGCAUCAAGUGGGAGAGCAGGGGAAAAUGGGAGCAGCUGGCCAGAGGGCACCAGUCACAUGAGUGAGUUUACACCCAGGCACUCCACUGCCUCCCUCCCUGACACUAGCCCUGAAUGCUCAGGGCAGCUCGGCUGGUCUUAGGCCGCCUUCUUGGCUAAAAAUGCAGGGCUCAUUUUCAGGAAAUUGAUAAUGAACAACAAAGUGGGAUAUCCUCUCUUACUGUGUUUUUUUUUUUUUUGGCAGAUGCUAGUUGAGUUGUUUUUACUUAAUAUCCUCUUAGCUGCAUGUGUAUUUAUUUAUAAUUAUGACCCUGGUGGACUGCAGCUUUCAUCUUAGUUGGGAAUGAGUUUGUUAUAAAGCAGAAUUGAGUCUAUGACUACAAUUCACUUUCCCAACCUGGUCUGUUCCCUCCUCUCUACCAUAAAGGGGUGAGGUGGGGGCUGGGGUUCCCAGCAUAGGUGGGGGUGAGGGUGGAGCCACACAACUGCACCAUCUGGUCUGUCUUAAUUUAACUGUAUUUAAUUUGUUUUUGAAAUUAAAAGUCAAAUAUGUUUUUUAACAGCCCUAAUCCUCCCCAGCCCUGCCAUACUUUAUUCCCAUGCAUUGUCACAUCCAACAGACACUUAUUCGUCAGGUGCCUCCUGGGAGCAGGCAUUAUUCUAGGACUGGCACAGAGUGGGGGAAAACCAAAACACUGGUCUUCUGAGAGGAGGGAGAUGGGCAAUAAGUGAAUCGAUAAUAUUUCAGAUGGGAUCAGUUCUAAGGAGAAGCAGGAGGCUGAGUGCAUCUGUGGAUAGGAGUGACACUUCUAUCUAUAGUUUGGUCAGAAAGGCAUCUCUGAUAAGGUAACACCUGGGCAAGAGCAGCAGCAAGCACAUUUGCACUUAUGUGGGUCAGAACAUUCCAGAAAAGAGCUCUCUCCCACUUGGGAGAGUGCUUAGCAUAUUUGGAGAUCAGCAAAAGGCCACUGUGACUGGCUGGGAAAGGGG